GCUAAGGAAGCAGAAGCAGAGCCUGUCUGGCGCCCCUCCUCUCACUCCCCAACCCCAUCAGCAGAUCAUGCCCCGUGGUUCCUCUUAUGCAGGACUCUCUGAUUGUGGGUGAAAUACUGGCUGGCGAAAUCUGGAAGGGGAUGUCUAGAGAGGGGUGGUGGCUCCCUCCACGUCACAGAGCAAGCUAGUGUUAAAAUGUCCUCAGGUGGGGGUGGAUUCCUACCAUCUGGCCCAGACCUCACCAGGCCGUUCAUCGCUUGGCUCAUCUGUACUGUGGGGUAAGCUGGGUGGGGAGGCCAGAAGAUCUGGGUUUGCGGGGGAGACAGGAAAUCUGACCAAGAGUCUUAUGGUGGCUUUCUGGCAGAAGUGGGUGGACAUGGCCUGGCAGAUGACACAGUUGCUGCUUCUGGCUUUGGUGGCUGUUGCAUGGGGUGCCCAGCCCAGGACUCCACAGGCCAGGACAGACCUGCUCAACGUCUGCAUGGACGCCAAGCACCACAAGACAAAGCCAGGCCCUGAGGACAAGCUACACGACCAGUGCAGUCCCUGGAAGAAGAACGCCUGCUGCUCCGUUAACACCAGCCAAGAAGCCCAUAAGGAUAUUUCCUACCUGUACAGAUUCAACUGGGAUCACUGUGGCAAGAUGGAGCCCGCCUGCAAGCGCCACUUUAUUCAGGACACCUGCCUCUAUGAGUGCUCACCUAACCUGGGGCCCUGGAUCCAGGAGGUGAACCAGAGCUGGCGCAAAGAGCGGGUCCUGAACGUGCCCCUCUGCAAAGAGGACUGUCAGAUCUGGUGGGAAGACUGCCGCACCUCCUACACCUGCAAGACCAACUGGCACAAGGGCUGGAACUGGACCGCAGGGUAUAACCAGUGCCCAGUGAGAGCUGCCUGCCACCGCUUUGACUUCUACUUCCCCACGCCUGCUGCUCUGUGCAAUGAAAUCUGGAGUCACUCCUACAAAGUCAGCAACUAUGGCCGGGGCAGCGGCCGCUGCAUCCAGAUGUGGUUCGACCCGGCCCAGGGCAACCCCAACGAGGAGGUGGCGAGGUUCUAUGCCGAGACCACAAAUUCUGGGGCCAUGCCCCAGGGGAUUGGACCUCUCCUGCUCAACCUCACCCAGAUACUUCAAGGCUGGUUCCUUGGCUAAGCUGUUUCCACUGCUGACACCUGGAUACCUUCCUUGCCUGCACCCAACCUCAGCUCAGCCCAGCUCCACCCUCUCAGAUGAGGAGGACUCACAAUACCCUGGUCAUUGGGUCCUGAUCCAAGGUCCUACGGGGAUCCUCUGACAGCCUUUUCUAAUAGAUAUAUCUAUGUGUGUCCUGU